AUGGUGGAGUUUACUGCAAUAGAGUUGGUGAAUGGCAGUUGGUAUUUUAAGGAGAAGUGGUGGACGAGGUAUUGCAGGCUAAACUUAAGAGAUGAUAGUCAUGGGUUGCGAGGCGUUGGUGAUUUGCCACAGAUGCAGAAAGGCUUUGUGUUGUUGAAGUUGGAAGGAACGCAAGGAGAUGCAAAGGAUGGUGCUGCAAGAAUGAAGGAAGAAAUGAGCUCAUUGAGCUUGUACGAGUCACAAGAACAAGAAGCAGCUAAGAUGGGUACUGUUACUCUGUUUUGCUUGCAAUUAACUCGUAAAACAGAGCAAAUUAAUUCUGUAGAAGAUAGGGACAUAAUUGUCUCUUCAGCACCUGUGGAUGAUCGGCACCGUAACUAUUUUGCAUUUGCUGGCAGAGUGAUUGCUUUGGCUUUGAUGCAUAAAGUGCAAGUAGGCAUCUCCUUCGAUUGUGUGUUUUUCUUGCAAUUGGCUGGAGGGGUGAUUUCCUUGGAAGAUAUUCGAGAUGCAGAUCCAGCCAUGUAUAAGAGCUGUAAAACAAUUUUGGAAACGGAUGCUGAUUCUGUGGACUCAGAUGCUUUGGGGUUGACAUUCGCAAGGGAAUUUGAAGAGUUUGGAUCAAGGAGAGUGGUGGAGCUCUGUCCUGGAGAUGACAGCAUUAUUGUGAACAGCAAAAAUAGAGAAGUGUAUGUUGAACUUCUUAUUCAGCACUGCUUCGUCAAAUCUAUUGCCGCGAAAUUAUCCUAUUUUACCCGCGGAUUUGGUGAUAUUCUUUGUGAACGAGGGAUCCAAAAAAUCUUUUUCCAGAGUUUAGAGCUCAAGGAUCUUGACCUAAUGCUGCUUGGAAGCGGUGAAGCUAUCUCUGUGAAGGACUGGAAAGCACACACUGAAUACUAUGGCUAUAGAGAAAAUGAUGACCAAAUUUGUUGGUUUUGGGAGAUUCUAGUUGUCAUUGUCUUCACCCUCUCCCGGGUUUCAUAUUUAUACUCGUUAGCACGGGUUGUUGAGGGUAUGUCUAUGAAGCAGAGACAAGAGCUUCUAUUUUUCUGGACCUCUGUGAAGUUUCUUCCUACACGUGGAUUCUCUAAUUUAUCGUCUCGUUUAAGCAUUUACAAAGUAGAAAAAUCUGAUCAGCACCUGCCGUCAUCUCGCACGUGCUUUUACAAGUUAGCCCUCCCACAUUACUCUUCUUUAGCCGUCAUGAAGCGGAAUCUGGUGAUUAUCAGCCAAGAACAUUUGGACUGCAGCUUUGGAUUUUCGUGA